AUGUGAUUGUGUUUGUGUACACACCGUCACACCGCUGUUUAGUGCACACUGCAGUAAACUAUCACUAAAAGUCAGCACUCAGCAGCGGAUUUCUAAAAUAUUAGGGAGCUGCUCGCUAAGGAUAAAUUGUUUUUACAAGUUCGUCAUGUUAUUUGAUAGUUACUCAAUUUUACAGUUUUAAGAUCUUACCUAUCUAUUAAUUUAUUAGUUUUUACCACAGUUAGUAAUUAAUCAUGUCGGGAAAAGACAAAUUGCCAAUAUUUCCAUCUCGCGGUGCUCAAACAAUGAUGAAAGGGCGUCUUAUGGGAGCGCAAAAAGGUCAUAGCUUGUUAAAAAAAAAAGCUGAUGCUUUACAAAUGAGAUUUCGUUUGAUUCUUGGUAAAAUUAUUCAGACAAAGACAUUGAUGGGCGAGGUAAUGAAAGAAGCAGCAUUUUCUUUGGCCGAAGCAAAAUUCACAACUGGUGAUUUUAAUCAAGUUGUUUUGCAAAACGUAACAAAAGCUCAAAUAAAAAUACGCACUAAAAAGGAUAAUGUUGCUGGUGUGACAUUGCCUGUUUUUGAAAGUUACCAGGAUGGUACCGACACUUAUGAAUUAGCAGGUUUAGCUCGAGGGGGUCAACAAUUGGCUAAGCUUAAAAAAAAUUAUCAAACUGCAAUUAAACUUUUGGUUGAAUUAGCGUCAUUGCAAACAUCUUUUGUUACUUUAGAUGAUGUUAUUAAAAUAACAAAUAGAAGAGUCAAUGCUAUUGAGCAUGUUAUUAUACCCAGAAUUGAAAAAACACUUGCAUAUAUUAUUUCCGAGCUUGACGAAUUGGAGCGAGAAGAAUUUUACAGGUUAAAAAAGAUUCAAGAUAAAAAGAAAAUUUCCAAUAAAAAGAAAGAACAACUUAAGAAAGAUAUGAAAGAAGCUAAUGCUAAAUAUGGUAACAUGUUGGAUGAAGGAGAUGAGGAUUUAUUAUUUUAAAUGAAGCAAUAAUAAAGAUAUCUUGCUUCUAAUAUAUAAUAUAAAUUAGGUACUGUACAAGAUCAUUGAGUAAUUAUUUAACUAAUUAUAAAAAAAAAUUGUACUUCAUACUCUUAUAGUAAUUAAAACAAAAUCAAAUUAAUGUUUACAUUGUUCACAAUAUUAAAUAAUUAUUUUCAGUUACCAUGUAAUAUGCUCUCAUCCUCAUUAAACUUAGGUAAAUAUACUAUAUUUGAUGCAAAGUAAUUAUAUUUUGAUUUAUACAUAAUACAUAUAGGUACGUACCUAAAAGUAAGAAUUCUAUGGUUUGAUUGUUAAGCUUCAAAAUGAAUGUACUUUUUUAAGAUAUAAAAUAGAUAGGUGUGUUAUUACUUACUAGACAUAUUAAUUUUAUUGGUUUAUAUUAGAUAAGAGUUUGUCUGUUAUAGAUGGUAAAUGUUUAAAUAUUUUUAUUUUAUUUUUGUGUAAUGAACAUUCCAUUAUUCGUCUAAUUACUGAGAUAAUAUCUCAUCAGAAUUAUUGUGUAUGUAAUGAAAUAAAUAACUUUAACAUGCAUAUUUGUUCACCACACCAUGAAAGAAGUUUUUGUUUCUAUUAUUGUUAUAACUUAUAAUAUACUUAUAAUUCAUUAUAUUCUAUACUAAUAAC